UGUCCCACCUCUACCCCUGCGGUGGCAUGGCUGUGACACGGUGGUGCCUGGGAGCACAGGCAGCCCCAGCUCUUGCUCUGGGCUAGAGGAGCAGUAGUUGUGUAUUGAGUGUAAGGCUGUGACUUUGGGGUUUUAGCAGCCUACUGCUGUCCUGCUCUGCCAUGAAACCUGGAGUGGCCAUCCCUGGCUGGUGAUGCAGAUCUCUGAACCCCAACUAAGCCACCGCCAACUCGGUUCAAGAUGCCACCGGCCGUCGGGGGCCCUGUGGGAUACACUCCUCCUGAAGGAGGAUGGGGAUGGGCUGUGGUCGUCGGAGCCUUCAUCUCCAUUGGGUUUUCCUAUGCCUUCCCCAAAUCCAUCACUGUUUUCUUCAAAGAGAUUGAGGUCAUCUUCAACGCAUCCAGCAGCAAAGUCUCAUGGAUCUCUUCCAUCAUGCUGGCUGUUAUGUACGCAGGAGGUCCCAUCAGCAGCAUCCUGGUCAACAAGUAUGGCAGCAGGCCCAUCAUGAUUGCUGGUGGCUGCCUCUCCGGCUGCGGGCUGAUUGCUGCCUCUUUCUGCAACACGGUGGAGGAGCUCUACUUCUGCGUGGGAGUGGUAGGGGGCCUUGGACUCGCCUUCAACUUGAACCCAGCCUUGACCAUGAUUGGCAAGUACUUCUUCAAGAAGCGUCCCCUGGCCAACGGGCUGGCCAUGGCCGGCAGCCCCGUCUUCCUCUCUACCUUGGCACCUGUCAACCAGCUCUUCUUUGGUAUAUUUGGCUGGCGUGGCAGCUUCCUCAUCCUCGGUGGUCUCCUGCUGAACUGCUGCGUUGCUGGAUCCCUGAUGCGGCCCAUAGGCCCCAAGCCUGAUCAGCUGAAGAAGGAGGCUGCUAAGGAGGUGCUGCAGGAAGCUGGGAAGGCGGUGAAAAAGGAUGACGGUGACACCAGCACAGAUCUCAUCGGUGGGAAGACCAAGAAAGAGAAGACCACGUUUUUCCAGACCAUCAACAAGUUCUUGGACCUGUCCCUGUUCACACACAGGGGCUUCCUGCUCUAUCUGUCAGGCAACGUGAUCAUGUUCUUUGGGCUGUUCACUCCCUUGGUCUUUCUCAGCAAUUACGCAAAGAGCAAGAAGAUUGCUAGUGAAUCUGCAGCCUUCCUGCUCUCCAUCCUGGCCUUCGUAGACAUGGUGGCCAGACCUUCCAUGGGACUUGUGGCAAACACCAAGUGGAUCAGACCCAGAGUGCAGUAUUUCUUCGCCAUCUCUGUGGUUUACAACGGGGUGUGCCACCUCCUGGCCCCCAUGUCCACCACCUAUGCUGGCUUCUGCAUUUACGCUGGCUUCUUCGGCUUUGCCUUUGGCUGGCUGAGCUCAGUCCUCUUUGAGACCCUGAUGGACCUGGUGGGAGCCCAGCGGUUCUCCAGUGCUGUUGGGCUGGUGACCAUUGUGGAAUGCUGCCCUGUGCUUCUGGGACCCCCACUGCUAGGGAAGCUCAAUGACAUGUAUGGUGACUACAAGUACACGUACUGGGCCUGUGGGGUCAUCCUCAUCAUCUCUGGGAUCUACCUCUUCAUCGGGAUGGGCAUCAACUACCGCCUGGUGGCAAAGGAGCAGAAAGCUGAGGAGAAGGCAAGGAAGGAAGGGAAGGAGGAGGAGACCAACAUCGACGAGGCCGAGAAACAGAAAGAGGCAAACAACGAUGUGGCCCCCUCGCCUCAGAAGAGUGCGGAGGAUGGUGUCAAAGAGGAGGAGAGCCACAUGUGAGGGACGGGUCUGAAUCCCGGAGUGUCGGGGAAGCGCCGCUGCCCUGGCGCGGUGGCCGGGGCUGUGCUCCGCCGGUGCUGGGCGGCCGUGAGAAGUGUUUAAACCAGGUCUUCAUUUUUAACCAGGCUCUGAAUUGUCUUUCCAUCUGUGUUCAACAAAGGUAACAGGACUACACACACACACACACAGUAUCCUCGUGUGUUUGGGGGCAGGGGGGGCUUUUAUAGUCUGGCUUUUUAACAGUAACAUGAAUGUACUAAUACGUGCCUUACAGUCUUCAUAUCUAGCUGAGUCUGGACAAGCCUUAACUCAACUGUGCUUUAGCUCUGUAUUCUGCUUGGGGUGGGGAUGUGCGUGUGUAUCUGUGUGUUUGGGGGAGUUUUGUUGUUAAAAAGCCAUAAAAAGCAGGAUGCUGGAUUGUUGAAGCACGAUGGGCUUCAGGGCUGGCCCCAGAUGAAUACUGCUUCAGACGCUUCUUACCGCUGGCCCUCCAUGGAGGGGAGAUCUGGGCACGGGGCAGGGUGGUCCUCAGCCCCCAUGCCAGGUGCCUCCUGGCUCUGUAGGUGGUCUUUAGGUAUUUUUUGAAAACACUUUAGCUACUGUAGUUUUUUAAAAAUUCCUCUUUUGUAGUUGUGCUCUCAUGGGAUAUUGGGGUUGGAGAAGGAUUGGCUGCUCUUUGGGGUGGGGAGCAUCACCGAGCCCUCAGUGGGGAGGGCUGGGGUCCCCCCGGACUCUGCCCUGGCAGUGCCCCUUCCCAGCCCACUUCUGGGUGAUGUGAAAAUGGUGUGGAGGCAGCAGGGGCUUGGCUGGCUGUGCUGGGUCGGGGUGCCAGCCUUGGUCCCCUCUUGGGGUGGGUUUCCACCAGAGCAUCCCUGUACUGGUCAGUCCAACCCGGAGAGGUGUAUGGGUGCCUGACCCUGGGCAGGGUGGUGGGGUGGGUGGAGAUGGUACAUCCCUGAGACAGGCCUGCUUUUGCUCUUAUAUCUCUUAGAGAAACCUUUUACUUGCUUCUGUUCAACUGAGAUCUUCAGGCGGUGGGUGCCUAAUCACUCACGUCUAGGACAUGUAAGGGGGAGGAAGGAAUUUGUAUGUAUUUAUUUUUUAUUUUUUAGUGCUGGAAAAUAUCCCAAUGUACGUGGAGCAGGUUAAAGGCUCUCAAGUUCUAGAAAAUGUUGAUCAGAAAUCAUGUAAGAGGCUGAGGUCUUUGGAUUAUUUUUUUUUUUUUCAAAUAAACUUCGGGUUUUUUUACAAUUUACCUAUCAAAUGUUGAACUUCUUUCAUAGAAGCGUAUUUUUUUUUUUCCUAGAAGUGUAUUUUGGGUCAGUUUUGGGGGAGAAAUAGGUGGGGCUGUGGCAAAGCCUGGGUCUCCACCUGCCACUCCUGCUGAGUGAGUGGAAGCUGCUCCCCACUGGGGCUUCUCCCCUUCCCAGCCUCUUCCUCAGCUGCCAGAGGAGGCUUUGUUUGGGGUGUGGGUUGCCCACAGCCAAGGCUCCCCAUACACUCUGUUUUUAGAGACAUCUCUCUUCCCCUGCCCCUCUUUAGAGAACUCCUGUGAAAGCCUUGAGAUCCCUCUUUGUUGUGAGAGGGAUGGACACAGGCUUAAACGUCUGUCUGACCCUUCCUGUCUGUCUGUCUGUGUCUCCCUCUGACAGCUGAGUGGGGUCACUGCUGUCCUCCCUCUGCUGUGGGGGGGUCACUUUGGGCUUUUAUUUUGGUCCAAGUGUCACAGAAAGCAGGCCAGGGUGUUUUCAUACUGUGGAGUAACUUUAUAAAGCCAACAGAGUAUUUUGUACAAAAGGAUUUUUGUUGUACAGUGCUGAGCUGUGAUACUGUAAAGCCAAGUAACUGUUUUCAUAAAUGGUGUGUCUGUAGCUGCAGCAAUGGGUUCACCUCGCAAUAAAUCAACCCUGAGGA